AUGACGUGGGAGGGAAUAGUGACAAAGGAGCACAGCAAGUACAGACGGGACCUGGGCAUAUCGGAUCGCAUGGAAGCCCACAUACAAAGGGUAGUGAUCCAAGAAACACAUAAAAUAGUGAUGAGGGACAUGAAACCAAGAGAAGACUACGAUUCUGUAGAAGACCCUGGUGCCCAAACUUGA